CCCACACUACCACUAAUGCCCAAAACGCCCGGUUUGUCCUCCACACACUCCACCUCUCCCUUCCUGAGGCCCUCCCCGAUCCUUCUGACUGCCCAUCCGGCCUCCGUCUCGCGGGGAGCUGCAUCAGAAGCUCGCAGCAGUGAACCCGCGUCGCUCAGGAUGGACUCCGGACCCCCCAACGCGCCGCUGCUGCUGCUGCUGCUCACCUGCCUCCUGCACUGCUGGCAGGGCGGCCGAGGACAGUCGUCGUACACCAUAGACAGCGUUGACCUUACGAUCCUACCCAGCGGCGCCGUCCAGAGCGGCACCCCGGUGACCGUGCGCUGCCAGGUCAGAGUCAGCCGCGACGACGCCGCUCCCCUGCGCCACGCCUUCCAGCUCAAAAAGGACGACGUGCCCGUCCACGCCGCCACCACCGAGGAGGACUCCGUCGCGUACCAACUCCGCGGGGCCCGGGCCGCCGACUCCGGGAGCUACGAGUGUCGGGUCACGGUCUUGGACAAGAGCAAAGCCAGCGCCGGCAGAAGGCUCGACGUGGCAGGCCUGCAGACCCCCGUCCUGUAUCUGAAUAAAACUGCCCCCUACGAGGGCGAGGAGUUCACCGCCACCUGCAGCGCUCCGGAGGAGAAAGGCUCCCUCGUCUUCAGGUUUUACCAGAUGUCCACGACGUCCGGAGGCUCGCAGAAGAUAAAGCAGCCGGCCCCCACCGGGGUCUCGUCGGAGACCACGCUGGUCCUGAGGGCCGUCGGAGACAGCGUCCUGUACUGCGACUACGAGGUCAAUUUGGUUUCCGGGGCCAGACGCUCAAACCGCAGCAACCAGAUUCCAGUGAUGGUCAAAGAGCUCUACAUCUUCCCCAUCAUGAACGUGCUGCCCUCGUCGGACGUCUUCGAGGGCGACGUGAUGGAGGUGGUCUGCAAAGUGGUGAAUCCGCUGAGGAACAUUGAAGUGUUCCUGACGAAGGACAGGAGGAUCCUGAAGAAAGCCCCCGUCAGCCUCAGCCACCGGUUCACCGCUCGCAAAGGCGACUCCGGGAAGCUGGUGUGCAAGGCCGAGUGGGGCAACGUGCAGAAGGAAACCAACAUGACGAUCACAGUCAAAGAGCUCUUCUCAAAGCCACGGCUGACCAUGCAGCCCACAGACCUAUUCGAGGGGGACCGCUUCCGGCUGACCUGCUCCGUCUCCGUCUACGCCCCGGAGAGGAUCAGAGACGAAAUCAUUCGCUUCGCCAUCCACAGAGACGGCGCCAAUCUCACCGCGGCGCCCGCGUACGCCGCCGUGGCCAGACCCCCUCAAAACGGCAACUACACCUGCACGGCCGAGGCGACGGCCCUGUCAGACGCCGUCGUGGCGAAGGGAAGCGCGGCGCUCGUCGUCAGAGCAAAAGUUCCCGUUUCGCAGCCCGCGCUGAGCGUGGUGGGGGGCACGCUGGUGUUGGGGAAGCCCUUCCAGCUGCUGUGCCGCAGCGACAGCGGCACCCUGCCCAUCGCCUACACGCUGAACCGCCCCGGGGCGCCGGCGGAGACCGUGGUGGCGAGCGAACCCGGGCGGGGGGGCGUCUUCAACUGCUCGGCUAUCCGCGAGACGUCGGCCCUGAGCGACUUCCUGUGCCACGCGAGGAACGGCGACAACCGGCCCCCCGCCUCGGCGACGGGGCAGCAGCGGCAGCGGAGUCUGAGGGUCAUAGAGCCCGUCUCCCGACCGGUGCUGGCGGUGUUCCCCGGCGCCGUCUCCGAGGGGCAGGACGUGACUCUCACCUGCUCGGUGCAGAGGGGCACGCCGGCCUUCACCUUCGCCUGGUUCCGCGCCGAGGCCGAGGGCCCCCUCUCCCGCCGGGUGUCCCAGGGGCGGCAGGAGUCCUACACCAUCGGCAGCGUCCGGGGGGAGCAGGGGGGCGCGUACUACUGCGAGGCCGACAACCCGGCCGGCGAGACUAAAGAGAGCCUCCGCGUCGUGAUCGCAGUGAAGAUGGCCGGCUGGAAGAAAGGUCUCAUCGGUGGUAUUGUCUUCUGCGUCCUGCUCAUCCUGGCAUUGGUUCUCAUCCUGGCCUUAAAAAGACGCCUCCUUCAAUUCAAGAGGAGGAGAACUGGCGAGCUGUCAGUGAAGUCAGCCGGCACCAAGGCGGAGCGGCUGAGCCUCACCCAGGCCGAGGUCAACGAGGCCGCCAACGUCACCCCGGGGAUGAUUGGAAAGAGUGUUUGGAGUGAACAUCCAUCGGGAUCGGAGUCUGAAGACCAGAAUAGUGUGACCUCGCCAGAGAAGCCGGCACAACCUGAACAGGCUGAGGCCCGACAGGCCGAUCCCAGCCGAGCUCCGGGAGAGACGGCGUCCAGCGAGGUGCGGAACUCCACGCAAGGUGUUCCAGAGCAGGCCGACGCCGCGAGUGCAGUUCUUUUUGAUGCCUCUCAGCAGGGAUCCGUGGAGUAUGCACAGCUGAAUCACCUCCCGGAUCCCCGCGGUGACCACGGUAACCACGGUGACCGCGGCGUCCAGGACGACUUCAUAGACGAGAUUGACAUCGACAGUGUUCACAUCGACGGGGAAUAAAAAAACACCAACACAAAUAUUUAUUCCUUUAUUUAUCCGGUUAAUGCAGCUGGCGUCUCCUGAAAGACCUCAAACACCUCUCAGCAUUCAUGUACUUUUAGUUUUUCUGUAACGCCUCGCAAGGAACCUCCCCCCACUGUUAGAUUCCCUUGCUUUGUCUUUGAAGGGCGAAUAAAAUGUAUUUUCUUUUUUGUCAA